CUUUCGAACGCGCGUACGAAGGUAUGACGGAAAAACUUUACGAAUACCAAGGGUGCGCGGGUAGGAUUCACGGUAUUAGGGACAACCUGAGGGAGAGAUACCGCGUCUGGAAGGAGACGAACCCUCAGGGAGUGGCGAGCUGGUUCAAGAACAAAUUCUACCACCAAGAUGCCCAGUACGAAGAUUAUUCCCAUAUAUUCAGGCGCAAAACGCGAAGGGAGUUGACGCGGGUGUCGGCCGCCGUCAUGGGCAUAGAAUUCUCGUACGCCGCCGAAACGGCUUUCGUGUCUCCCACCCUGCUGAAGAUCGGCAUAGAGCACAAACAUAUGACGUUGGUGUGGGCAUUGUCGCCCCUCAUAGGUUUCUUUCUCACCCCGGUGCUGGGAUCGCUCAGCGACAGGUGUCCCUUGAGGGUUGGCAGACGUAGGCCCUUCAUAUUCGCCAUGUCCGUGGGCGUACUCCUAGGAUUGGUGCUGGUACCCAACGGCGAAGGUAUGGGGUACGGGAUGGGAGACCCCAAGCCGCCCGAUUUUAAGGACGCGGUGGCGGCUCAUCGCACUUCUGCUCGCGGAGAGGAGUACAACGUCAGCGACGUCAUGCCUUACAACAACACGCACCCGUGGGGGGUGGCGUUUACUGUCAUAGGCACGGUUUUGCUAGACUUCGACGCCGACGCGUGCCAAAGCCCCGCCAGGGCUUACCUUCUCGACGUCACCGUCUCAGACGACCACGCGAAAGGGCUGAGCACGUUCACGGUGAUGGCGGGUCUGGGCGGCUUCCUGGGUUACGCCAUGGGUGGCGUUAACUGGGACGCCACGUACUUGGGCCGGAUGCUCGGCGGCCAUGUGAAAGCCGUGUUCACGCUUACGACACUCAUAUUCGUCGUUUGCGUGGCGUACACGAUCACCAGCUUCAAGGAGAUGCCAUUGCACGUGAUAGAAUUAAGGGCGGAGCUCGAGCCUGGCGGCUACACGAACUACUGCGAGAGAGGUGACAUGGCGACGCGAACCUACGGGGCCGUCGACGACGCGCAGCAAGAACCGCUACCACCUCCGCCAUCUAGCGGACGCAGAAAAAGUAUCCUCCCGGAUCCGGAAGCGUCGUUGGUCCUGUACCUACGCAGCAUCGUUUACAUGCCGUUUUCGAUACGGAUGCUGUGUCUUACCAACCUCUUCUGUUGGAUGGCCCACGUCUGUUACUCGCUGUACUUUACGGACUUCGUGGGAGAAGCCGUGUUCAAUGGGAACCCUACGGCCACGGAAGGUACAGUCGACAGGGAACUCUACGAGGAGGGGGUGCGAUUCGGCUGCUGGGGGAUGUCGAUGUACUCCCUGUCUUGCGCAUGCUAUUCGCUAGUCAUCGAGAGACUGAUCUCCAGAUUUAAAGCGAAAAGAGUGUACGUCGGCGGCCUGCUGGUCUACUCCUCGGGAAUGGGGCUCAUGGCCCUGACCAAGAACAAAAUCGGCGUCAUAUUGUUCAGCUGGACGGCGGGAGUGAUGUACUCGACCCUGUUCACCAUGCCGUACCUCAUAGUGGCGCACUACCACGCCAAGGGAACGUUCGAGGUGACCAGCGAGGGGGAGGAGAAGGUCUCCGCCCAAAUAAGAGGCAUCGGAACGGACGUGGCCCUGGUUUCCAGCAUGGUUUUCUUAGCCCAAUUUGUGCUCUCGAUGUGUAUGGGCACCAUAGUCAGCGCGUCGGGCACCACCACGGCCGUCGUCGCCGUCGCUAGCAUUCUGGCACUGUUCGGUGCGGUUUCAGCGAGCCAGGUCGUGUAUUUGGAUCUAUGAACCUCCCCGUGAAUAUCUUUGCCGUUGUAUAAUUAAGUAUAUAUAAUAAUAAUUAUCAUAAAUUGCCUUGAUUGUUGUAUAUUGCUAUGUACAAAUAUGCAGUAGAGAAGAGGCCGAGUCUAGGAAAAGCUACUUCACAUAAUCUCUCAAAUAUUUAAAUUUAAAACUAAAUAGGAAGUUAUAAGUACAUUGCUAAAUUAAUUAUAGUAUAAUGGAUAAAUGAAAAUAAAAAGAAUAACUUUAAAAAUCAAAUUAUUUGAGAAGUUAGCAGUUCCAACCUGAAAUAUUUUUUUAAGAAUUUAAUUACUGAAUCGGGUAUACUAUUAAAAAUUACGACAGCGUUAUAAGAAAAUGAUCCGCGGAACAAAGAUCAACGAUAUCGUGGCAGUGAGAGUGUGUGGGGGUGCCAUAAAGCCACUGAUUGAACAUUACUGAACGAAACUAAAUUUUUAGCCAGAUAAUUUUCUGGAUUGUAUGACCUAUAUAUUUUUUAAGCUACCCCGUAAAAUUUUAGUACGUACGACGCAAUAAGCAACAUUUUAAAAAAUAUCUUUUCGUCAUUUCUCGGUUAACCGUGCAUUCGACUGUUGCGGGUUGUGUUUGCGUUACGUGAAAUUGCGAAGACUUAAAGGUGAGUGUUCUCACGAGUACAGUAUGAGAAUUUCAUGAUGGUUUCGUUGUACUGGCCAAAAUACCAAAGUACCAAAUGAUCUAUUUAUUGAUCCCAA